CAGUGAUUAGGACGGUGGCGCUGUAAGCAGGUGAGCUGGCUCCUGGUGGGCUUCGGGCAUUUGGGCGAGCCAGCCAGUCAACCAACCACCCGGCUGGUUGGCCGGCCGACGAGGCUAUGGAUUUAUUGAGGACUAUCGCUUACCAGCCGGGCAGUACUGGGGCCGGCGGCGGGGGCGGCAGCGCCGGCGGGGGCGGCGGCAGUAAGAUGGGCGAGCAGGCGCUGCUGAGCAAAGCGUGCCACGGGGAGUCUCGGCGAAAGAAGGCGGCGGAGUCGUCGUCAUCGUCCGAGCAGCAGAACCAUCACCACCACCACCACCACCACUAUCCGCACUCGGCCACCGAGAUCUCACGGAUUAUUACUGACCCCACCACAGGAAGACGCUACUGCCGCGGGAAAGUGCUGGGAAAGGGUGGCUUUGCCAAGUGUUACGAGAUGACGGAUCUGACCACGAACAAAGUCUAUGCUGCAAAGAUCAUUCCUCACACCCGAGUAGCCAAACCUCAUCAAAGGGAAAAGAUUGAUAAAGAGAUCGAGCUGCACAGAAUGCUCAAUCACAGGCACAUCGUGCAGUUCUACCACUACUUUGAGGACAAAGAGAACAUUUACAUCCUCCUUGAGUACUGCAGUCGAAGGUCCAUGGCUCACAUUUUGAAAGCAAGGAAGGUAUUGACGGCACCAGAAGUGCGGUACUACCUCAGGCAGAUUGUGUCUGGAUUAAAAUACCUUCAUGAGCAGGAGAUCUUGCACCGAGAUCUAAAGCUGGGUAAUUUCUUCAUUAAUGAGUCCAUGGAAUUAAAAGUGGGUGAUUUUGGGUUGGCAGCCAGGCUCGAACCACUGGAACACAGAAGAAGAACCAUCUGCGGCACACCUAAUUACCUUUCCCCGGAAGUCCUUAAUAAACAAGGGCAUGGUUGUGAAUCGGACAUCUGGGCCUUGGGCUGUGUCAUGUAUACAAUGUUAUUGGGAAGGCCUCCCUUUGAAACAACUAAUUUAAAGGAAACCUACCGGUGUAUAAAGGAAGCAAAAUAUUCUUUACCCUCGUCCCUGUUGCCUCCUGCAAAGCACUUGAUUGCCAGCAUGUUGUCAAAAAACCCAGAAGACCGUCCCAGCUUAGAUGACAUCGUUCGGCAUGACUUCUUCUUACUGGGCUUCACCCCAGAGAGACUUCCAGCUAGUUGCUGUCAUACCGUUCCUGACUUCAACUUGUCAAGUCCAGCUAAGAAUUUCUUCAAGAAGGCAGCUGCAGCCCUCUUUGGGGGCAAGAAGGAAAAAGCGAGAUACUUCGACACACACAAUCGACUUGCUAAAGAAGAUGAAGAAAUCUAUAAACUUAGACAUGACUUGAAAAAGACGUCAAUCACUCAGCAGCCUCUGAAGCAUAGACCAGAGGAGGAGAUCAAGCCUCCCAGCACUACUGUAGCUAAACCUGGCAUGCUUACAGAGACUAAACAAAUUGAUGCAAUUCGAAUGAUUGUUCGGGGGACUCUAGGAAGCUGCAGCAGCAGCAGUGAAUGCCUCGAAGACAGCACCAUGGGAAGUGUAGCUGAUACUGUCGCAAGAGUGCUUCGUGGGUGUCUAGAGAACAUGCCGGAAUCCGACCAUAUUCCCAAAGAACAGCUGACUGCCUCUUUCCAGUGGGUCACGAAAUGGGUCGACUACUCCAAUAAAUAUGGCUUUGGCUAUCAGCUGUCGGACCACACUGUGGGAGUUCUCUUCAACAACGGUGCACACAUGAGCCUCCUUCCAGACAAGAAAACAGUCCAUUACUAUGCAGAGCUUGGCCAGUGCUCAGUCUUCUCUGCCACUGAAGCCCCAGAACAAUUCAUCAGUCAAGUGACUGUUCUAAAGUACUUCUCUCACUAUAUGGAGGAGAACCUCAUGGACGGAGGAGAUCUUCCCAGUGUCACAGAUGUUCGCAGACCCAGGCUAUACCUCUUGCAGUGGUUAAAAUCUGACAAGGCACUGAUGAUGCUCUUCAAUGAUGGCACAUUUCAGGUGAAUUUCUACCACGAUCACACGAAAAUCAUCAUUUGCAACCAAAACGAGGAGUAUCUGCUUACAUACAUCAAUGAAGACAGACUAUCUACAACAUUUCGUUUGACCACACUUCUGAUGUCUGGGUGUUCACUGGAGCUAAAGCAUCGAAUGGAAUAUGCAUUGAAUAUGCUGUUGCAAAGAUGUAAUUAAAGAACUCUUCUUAAAAAGCAAAAGGACUUCUCUCACUGAAGUCUACGGCGGAGGCAUUGGGGGAAAAACAGUAUGUUGAUGGAUGAGUGAGGCGUAGGGACUGGUACGAACAAAACUUAUUCUAUGUGCUGGGCUGGGACCAGACAUGAAGCCCAUGGUCGUCUUGGUUGGAUUACUGGUGUGACAAGGAAUUCUCUGGAAUGUAGCUUUCCUUGGUUCACUCCCUUUUGAAAGAGAGGAGUUGGACUUGAAGCUCUGCGGCAAACCGUUCUGAUGCAAGACUGAAACUGUGAAUAACACUUGAGGAUCUGGGAGGGAGGGGUAUCUCGUUGUUGUGGAAUGACUGUAAGGGGCAGCUUGUGGCUGCUUAACUGUGAACUAUGGCCAUAACGUUUUUCUUAAUUUCUUCCAAGAAACUGAUCACACUUGUGGCUGGCAAAGUGCAUUCCUUGUUAAUAAUUUUUUUUUAUUUAUUACAGCCCAAAGUGAAGUAUUUAUUACAUGCAUUUUUUUGUAACUGUGAUUUUUAAAUAUACCUUUGUUGGCAAUAAAGCUUGGGGAAAACCUGAA